CAGCACAAAUCAAAUAAAACAAACACGAGUCCCAACGUACAUCUAUCAUCUAUUCAGUCGUAGGUGCAAGUACAAGGAAGAAGAAGGAAGAAGGAAGGAAGGAGCAAAAUGGCUCCGAUGAUCAAGAGUGUUGCCGCGAUGAAGAGGGCGGCGUACGUGACGUUCCUCGCCGGCUCCGGCGACUACUGGAAGGGCGUGGUGUGUCUUGCCAAGGGCCUCCGUGCCGUCAAGUCGUCGUACCCGCUGGUGGUGGCCCUGCUCCCUGACGUCCCCGACGCCCACCGCCGUGCCCUGCUCGACCAGGGCUGCCUCGUCCGCGAUAUCCAACCCGUGCUCCCGCCGGAUAGCCAGACAAAGUUCGCCAUGCCUCACUACAUCAUCAACUACUCCAAGCUCCGCAUCUGGGAGUUUGUGGAGUACGAGAGGCUGGUGUUCCUUGACGCGGACAUCCAGGUUUACGCGAACAUCGACCACCUGUUCGACCUGGCGGCGGGUCAGCUGUACGCCGUGAAGGACUGCUUCUGCGAGGGGGCGUGGGGCGAGCAGUGCCAGGAGAUGGCGGCAUGGUUCCCGAAGCCGCCGCCGCAAUACUUCAACGGCGGCAUGUUGGUGCUCGAGCCCAGCCUCGCCACCGCCAAGGCCCUCCUCGACAGGCUCGCCGUAACGACGGGGUUCACCCCGUUCGCCGAGCAGGACUUCCUCAACAUGUUCUUCAGGGACGUGUACAAGCCCAUCCCGUGGGUGUACAACCUACUGGUUUCCAUGCUGUGGAGGCACCCCGAGAAGGUCCAGCUCGGCAAGGCCAAGGUGGUGCACUACUGCGCCCUGGGUUCGAAGCCGUGGAGGUUCACCCGGGAGGAGCCACACAUGGACAGGGAAGAUAUGAAGAUGCUGGUGAACAGGUGGUGGGACAUCUACAACGACGAGAGCCUCAACUACAAGCAGGCCACCGAUCCGCUCCGGGUUGCUCUGACUGAGGCCUGUGCCGUCAAGCACUUCUCCACGCCCUCUGCAGCGUAGGCUCGCUGCUCCCUGCUCGCCAGCCGGCACGCAUGGGCAUGAAUGGACACUUCGGCCUAUGUCGCUGGUUUAAUAAAUGAACUGGAGUAACGAUCCACUACUAGAGCAGUCCACUUUAAAGUAUAGACAGCUGCUGAUCGAGUACUUCUACUAGUAGUACUACUAGUAUAUCAGAGCAACUUUAAAGUAUAGCCAGCUCUACAGUUAAUAUGUAUAAUAAUUUGUUUUACUCUUGUGGAUAUAUGGGCUAUCUUACAUUCAAACGAAGUGUCUAAAAACA